GCACUGCAGAUCUCUCUCUGUCUUCAGCCACUCUUGCUUUUUUAGUCAGCUGGUGAAAGACAGGAAGAGAGCAAGCGAGGAGUGAGACAAGUCCUUUGACUGAUGAGAAAAGAGGAUAUUUGCCUUUCAAGUGAUCCCAGCACAGAUUCAGAAGCAUGUGCAGCCUGAGUGAGGAUCCCUCCCAUCUGUGAACCGGUGGGCGUGUGACGACAUCACCCCCUCCACCAGCCCCAUCCCUCCCUCCUUUCUUCCUUUUAUGCGUCAGACCAAUCGGCGCCCUGAGAGAUACGGUCACGUGAGAAUCCCCCCCAGUCUUGGUUACCAUGACAACGAGCACUGGUCCAGGCAGCAUCUUGCUGUGGUGAGAAGAAAGGGGGGAGAAGGCGGGAGGAGAGACGGGAAAAAAGGGAGGGAGGAAAAAAGAAGGAGAACAAACCCCAGCCAGAGGAAUACCUUGUGCCUGUCUUCCCUCUGUACAAAUGAAGAUGCCUGAGGCUGGGAGUUAGAGCCCUCCACCAGAGAGAGUGUCAAGAGCUGGGGCUGGACCCAGAGACCCCUGCCUGGGGGUGAAGGGCCCUCACAGCCCUGUGUGAGUGGACUAUGGGGGAUGGAGGCGCCAGUGCAACUGGAGGAGAUGGGGUGAACAAGUCCCAUGUCCUGUUUGACAACUUCGUCCAGGGGACCACGUGUAAGGGCACACUCAAGGCCUUCCAGGAGCUGUGUGACCACCUGGAAGUCAAGCCUGGCGAGUACAGGAUCUUCUAUCACAAGCUCAAGUCCAAACUCAACUACUGGAAGGCCAAAGCACUCUGGGCAAAGUUAGACAAGAGAGCUUGCCAGAAGGAGUACAAGAAGGGUCGUGUCUGUGCCAACUCAAAGUGUCUCAUCAUUGGUGCGGGACCAUGCGGCUUACGCACAGCCAUCGAGUUGGCUUUCCUGGGAGCCAAAGUGGUGCUGCUGGAGAAGAGAGAUGCCUUCUCCAGGAACAACGUGCUGCACCUCUGGCCCUUCACCAUCCAGGACCUCAGGGGCCUCGGGGCCAAGAAGUUCUAUGGAAAGUUCUGUGCUGGUGCUAUUGAUCAUAUCAGUAUUCGUCAGCUUCAAUUAAUGCUGCUCAAAGUGGCUCUCCUGCUGGGCAUUGAGAUCCAUGUCAACGUAGAGUUCAAGAGUCUUAUUGAGCCUCCAGAAGAUCAAGAGACUGAAAGGAUAGGCUGGAGGGCUGAGGUCCACCCCAGGACGCACCCUGUCAACGAGCUGGAGUUUGAUGUCAUCAUUGGAGCAGAUGGAAGGAGAAACACACUACCAGGGUUUCGGCGUAAGGAGUUCCGGGGCAAGCUCGCCAUCGCCAUCACUGCAAACUUCAUCAACAGGAAUACGACAGCAGAGGCAAAAGUUGAAGAGAUCAGCGGGGUGGCCUUCAUCUUCAACCAGAAGUUCUUCCAAGACCUCAGAGAAGCAACAGGUAUUGACCUGGAAAACAUCGUCUACUACAAGGAUGACACACACUACUUUGUGAUGACUGCCAAGAAACAGAGCCUGCUGGAGAAAGGAGUCAUUUUGAAUGACUACGCAGACACAGAGAUGCUACUCUCCAGGGCUAACGUGGACCAGGCUGCCCUGCUGUCUUACGCCCGUGAGGCUGCAGAUUUCUCCACCAACCACCAGCUGCCCACGCUGGACUUUGCCAUCAAUCACUAUGGCCAGCCCGACGUAGCCAUGUUUGAUUUCACCUGCAUGUAUGCAUCAGAGAACGCUGCCAUGGUGCGCCAACGCAAUGGCCACAAGCUGCUGGUGGCGCUGGUGGGCGACAGCUUGUUGGAGCCCUUCUGGCCCAUGGGCACUGGCAUCGCCCGAGGUUUCCUGGCAGCCAUGGACUCAGGCUGGAUGGUGAAGAGCUGGGCUCAGGGAAAAACGCCUCUUGAGGUUCUGGCUGAGAGGGAGAGUAUAUACCGUCUACUACCCCAAACCACACCGGAAAAUGUCAGUAAGAACUUCAGUCAGUACAGCGUGGAUCCAACCACACGCUACCCCAACAUCAGCCUUAACUUCCUCAAGCCCAGCCAGGUGAGGCACCUCUGUGACACAGGGGAGACCAGGGAAAUGCGCAUUGAAAUUGAGAAUGUGAUCAACUCGUCGACACCCAAGUUGGGCAGGAAUGACAAUUGCCUGCUUGACAAGCAGUUGCAAGAAUCCAUAGCUCGAUCCAGUAAGCUGCUGAACUGGUGCCAGAGGCAAACCGAGGGAUACAGGAACGUUAACGUAACGGACCUUACGAUGUCUUGGAAGAGCGGUCUGGCCCUGUGCGCCCUCAUUGAUCGAUACAGACCAGACCUGAUAGACUUUGAUUCCCUGGACGAGCGAGACCAAGAGAAGAACAACCAGUUGGGUUUCGACGUGGCGGAGAGGGAAUUUGGCAUCUCGCCCUGCAUGACUGGCAAGGAGAUGUCUUCUGUGGUAGAGCCAGACAAGCUCUCUAUGGUCAUGUACCUCAGCCAGUUCUACGAGAUGUUUAAGGACACAGUGCCACCCGGAGACAACCACAACUUGAGUCCUGAGGAAAAGGCAGCGCUGAUCUCCAGCACCAAAUCUCCGAUAUCCUUCCUCAGCAAACUUGGUCAGAGCAUAGCAAUAUCCAGGAAGCGAAAUCCGAAGGACAAAAAAGAGAAGGAUGUGGACGGUUUGGGGAAGAGAAGGAAAACCAGCCAGUCUGAAGAUGAGGAAGUAUUGAGGAGUGGUCGUGACGACAGACCGUCUGUCCCAGCCAUCCUGGCUGAGAGAAAAAUGGACUCCUCUGCUACGGGGAACCACAACAAAGUCAAAGUCAUGGCCACCCAGCUGCUUGCCAAGUUUGAGGAGAACGCUCCACAGCCUACGGGACUCAAACGACAGGGGGACUCUCUGCCCAAUCUGGACCAGCUUUUGCCCCUUACCCUGCCCCAAACCCCUGUGAAUGAGCCAGUGCACCUUGCGCCUGUCCCAGCAUGGAGAAAGGCCAGAAGUGUUGCGGACCAACUGUCCAGCUCGGGCUCUCGGAGCUGCCCUAAGAAAACCAUUCUGCUCCCUUCUUCCUCCUCCACUUCCUCGCUCUCUCUUCACUCAGAGCAUUUGCAUAAAAGUCCAGAGGAAGAGGAGCUCGAAUACUACGAGAUGCCUCUGAAAUACGGGGAAUGGGAGCACACGACAGACCCCAGACCCAUUCACAUACCUGGUAUACAGGAGAGGGCUGACCGUCUAAUUUCCAAGUUUAAGGGCAAACCCCACAGGCCACCAAAGCCUAAGAAAAAGCCGUCCCGUUUCUUUUUAGAGCAGUGGCACUUGUCCCGCAGCCUGGCUGAGAGUCCUGGCUCACCACUAUCCUCUCCUGACUCUUCCAGAAAGGAGCCAGCAAGGCCUCUGCACUCUGAUGAUGAAAUGCCCAUUUUUGUGCUUAGUAUUCAGGAGAGGGCUGAGCAACUUGCCUUCCAGCUGGAGGGCAAGCGGGUUAGACCACAGCCUAAGAAAAAACCCUCAUGUUUUUUUAUGGAGCAAUGGCACCUGGCCCGAGCCCAGUCUCCCCCUGACUCUCCCACCUCCAACACCUUGAGACAGCGCUAUGUAAAGAUGUACACAGGCGGAGUUAGCUCAUUGGCUGAGCAGUUAGCCAAUCAGCUUCAGGAAGAUCCUCAGCCCCUACCUGAAAAGAGGGAUUUGGGCUCUCUCCGAAAAGAGUUCCCUGUCAACAUCGGUGGCAGUGAUGUGUGCUUCUUCUGCCGAAAGCGCGUGUACGUGAUGGAGAGGCUGAGCGCGGAGGGGAAGUUCUUCCAUCGCAGCUGUUUUAAGUGUGACUACUGUGGCACAACGCUACGACUCUCCUCCUACGCCUUUGACGUGGAAGAUGGGAAAUUUUACUGCAAGCCCCACUACUGUUACCGUUUGUCUGGCUAUGCUCAGAGAAAGAGGCCUGCUCCCUCCCCCACUCCAAUCACCGCUAAGGAGAACCAGGUUCCCCAAGUUCCUACGGCGACCGUGGACGCUCCUGGAAGGGCGAUGGCAGCGGCAGCCCCCUCGGCCGAGCUCCAGCCCUCAGCACCGGAGGUCAAUGGCUUGCAGGAACCCAGCCUUGCGAAACGUCUGCGGGGAACUCCAGAGCGCAUCGAGCUGGAGAACUACCGUCUGUCUUUGCAGAGGGAGGAGGAGCUGGAGGAGGUCCCCGAGGAGACUCUGGCAGAACACAACCUCAGCAGCGUGCUGGACAAGGCCACAGAUGCUGAUCUGGGCUCCAGUAGCUCAGAGUCAGACAUGGAGGAGGAGGAUGAGCAGGAGGAUCAGGAUCAGGAGGAGGUGGAACAACAUCCUCGCAGCCCCUCAGACCUCGGCGGGGUGCCCUGGAAGGAGGCGGUAGAGCUCCACGCCAAACUGAGGGGUGAGGACGGAGAGGAGGGUGAGGCUUUGGCGGAUGCAGUCAGCAGAGACGGGGAGAUAGAUGAGGAUGAGGAGGAGGACGAGGAAGAAGAUGAGGAUGAAGAUGAGGAGGAGUCGAGUGAUGAGGGGGAUUACUGCCCCUGGGACAGAGAGCUCCAGUCAGGCCUUUGGCUGGAGAAGCAUCUCACAGAUGAAGAGGAUGUUGGUACAUUUAAAGCCAGGAACCUUCAGAUCCAACAAGUCCUGCAGCCUGUGGAUCCCCAGGCCAUUCCAGGUUUGGUGAGAACACACCUGGACUCUGAGGGAGACAAGGAGGUCCAGCCGGCCUCAGCCUCCCAACUCUCCCAACCCUCUGAGCUCACGCAGCCCUCCUCCACAGCCCCCGCCCACACAUCCGCCCGACACGAGGCUGUGAGAGUCUGGUUGGAGUCCAUGUCUGGAGGGCCCUGUGAAGAUGAAGAUCUGGAAGCAGAAGCAGACAGUCCAGAUAUAGAGCCCGGUACAGAGAUGGAUCAGGAUGACAUCCCUUCAGAUGCAGAAGCCGAGGCACGUUUACAUCAGCCAGAGCGUCCUGAAGUACUCACUGAGGAAGACAAGGAAUCAGAGAGUCUGAGAAUGGCCUCUAGUAUUGAACCAUCCAGCACCAGCCCUGUGCAGAAAGAAGAUGUUGUUCUUUCCCCAUUGAAACCAUCUCCAGAGCCCGAAUUACAGUUAACUCUGCUUAAGUCUCCUGGCGCACACUUUUUCCCAGAACCAUUCAUACCUGAGGAAAAAAAGCCCGAGAGGACGACUCCAUCUCCCACUGCAGCCAUCAAGAGCCCGCUGUCUCCUUCACCUGCUCCACUCAAGGAACCAUCUCCUGUCCCGUCUCCAACUCUUGCUGCUGAGGCUUCUCCUGUCAAUGUCCCAGCCUCAUCUCCCCUCACUUCUCUCACCAAAUCACCCAUCAGCUCUCCAGUCAAGCCAGACAAUGAGUCACCUGUGAGAUCACCCAUCAUAUCCCCCGUCAAGUCACCUGUCAGCUCCCCAAUCCGCUCUCAGCCCACUCCACUACCAGAGACUCGCACGCCUAUAUCUCCUGUCUACCCUCAGCGAUCUAUUUGCCCUCUCACAGGCAACCCCCUCUCCCCAAUCUGUGCACAGCCUUUGCCCUGCCAGGAACCCUCGUCACCUCUUUCCUCUGACUCUCCCGUCAGAACUCAGCCUGUCCCCGCCGUCACUUCGACACCCAUGACCAAAACAGACAAAGACACGCCUGAGCACUCGACUUCCAUAGAUUCCUCAAAGGAGGAAACUCCGUCUAAAAAGACAGAUAUCAUUGAGGAAUUUUGGUUAAAGAGUGCUGAGAUCAGGAAGAGCCUCGGUCUGUCUCCAUUGGACCGCAGUAGUAAAAUCUUAGAGAAGAGUGUCAUCACAGCUCCAGUGCAAGAUCCUAUCCCUGUCAAGACCCAGACUCCAGAUGUGCCGGAGGAACAGAAACCUGCCUUUACAGGCCGUGCUGUCAUCCGCAGACUGAACAUCACUCUGGAGGGUCAGGUCAUUACCCCAAUUGCUCCUGUGGAGCCCAAGAGUAAUGGCUCGGACAAGAGGGACCUCAGCAGCAGCUCUGGCUUGGGGUUGAACGGGAGCAUGGCCACGAGCCAGACGGCAAACAGUGACAGCUACAACACGUCCGACUCCACCAUGCUCACCCCGCCCUCCAGCCCACCACCACCUGUGCCUGCUAAUCAGUCUCCAGCUGUGCUCAGGCAGCAGAGACACCAGGUGUCCUGGAGCAACGGAACAGAUAAACCUCCACCUGAGCGUGCCAAAGAGCCAGAAAAAACCAAGAGUCCCAUUCCUGCACCGAGGACCCAGCUGAGCCCCGUGUCUGCACCCAAACCCGCACCGAGGAAAGUCUCCUCACCUCAGGCAGAACCAGAAACAACUCCAGUGGUUGUGAUGAGGGAGAAGAGGAGGCCAAGGCCGCAGGAGGUGAGGAAAUCAUUUGUUGAGACGGUGGAGGAGAUUCCGUUUGCAGAUGACGUGGAGGAGACCUACGAUGAGCGGACACCAGAAACGAGCAUAAACAGGUACUAUACUCCACCCACCAGCAAGCCCAGCAAGGACAGACCUCCCCUGCAUCUGGCUCUAGCAAUGGAAAACGGUAAACCUAAUAUCCCUGUUAGCCAAGUCUUAAAGACCCAGCGGGCAACUCAAUUCUCCCCAGAGGCCAAGGAGAUCGCUGAGGAGAGAAUGAAGGCUAGAGAAAAGUCCAUCAAGAGCCAGGCUCUGAAGGAUGCCAUGGCCAAGCAGUUAAAUAAGAUGAAAGAAUCCGAUAUAGAAAAGGGUGCCUCACCCAAAGUGGCCUGGACUGUCACCCCAGAUACUGCGGGAAAAAGUAAAAAGUCAGCCGUCUCUCCGAAGACUUCAGCCGUGAAAGCUCUGGAGUCGAAGAAGGCGGAGGCUCUUCCUGAGCGUUUCUUCAGCAGCAACAAGAGUUUGGACAGCUCGGUGGCUUCGUCAGACGGCUCCUCAUCGAGUAAGAGCAAGAAACGAAGUUCCCUCUUCUCGCCACGCAAGAAUAAGAAGGAGAAAAAAGCCAAGAACGACACCAGCAGGCUCUCCGGGACAGAAGAGACACCGCCCAAACACAAGUCGCUGUGGAAGGCUGUCUUCUCAGGGUACAAGAAGGACAAAAAGAAGAAGGAUGAUAAAUCGUGUCCGAGCACACCAUCCUCAAGCUCCACCACUCAGGACUCUGGGAAGAAGAAAGUGUCUCCUCCUGGGAGAUCAUCGGAUUUGAAAUCCCGCAGAAACUUGAGCUUCUCUGAGGACUCAGACCUUUCCUGUGAUGAUGUUCUGGAGAGGUCGUCCCAGAAGUCAAAGGCAGAUCAGCACACGGACAUCUUUGACCUAGUAUCAGGCAUGCAGAAGGAAGCGAUUAAGGAGGAGAAACUGGAGAAGGAGAGAAGGAGGGAGUUAAAGCAAAGAAAGAGGGUGAAAGGAAGGCUUAAAGAAAGAGAGCGGGAGAAAGAGGUUGAUCGAGAAAAGGAGAAAGACAAUGAGGAGUCUGUUUAUGUCCCUCACGCACUGGCGUUCAAGAGAUCGUACGCCACAAAGAAAACCUACACAGAGGAGGAGCUGAAUGCCAAGCUGACACGGAGGGUCCAGAAAGCAGCACGACGACAAGCCAAGCAGGAGGAACUCAAGAGGCUGCACAGAGCUCAGAUCAUCCAGAGACAGUUGGAGCAGGUGGAGGAGAAGCAGCGGCAGCUGGAGGAGAGGGGCGUCGCUGUGGAGAAAGCUUUGAGAGGAGAAGCAGUUGAGCCCUUUGUGGGGAUGCCACGCCGAAGACCUCUCUCCUUCUGCCCCUGCUGUUCCCCUGAAGGCAUGGGCAAGAAAGACGAUCCCAAGCUAAUGCAAGAGUGGUUCAAGCUGGUGCAGGAGAAAAAUGCCCUGGUCCGCUAUGAGUCAGAACUCAUGAUAUUUGCCAGAGAGCUGGAGCUGGAGGACCGACAGAGCCGACUGCAGCAGGAACUCAGGGAGCGAAUGGCUGUGGAAGACCACCUGAAGACAGAGAAGGAGCUUGCUCAAGAGAAGCAGAUCCUAAAUGAAAUGUUGGAGGUGGUGGAGCAGCGCGAUGCCCUGGUGGCCCUCUUGGAGGAGCAGAGGCUUCGGGAGAAGGAGGAGGACAAGGACCUGGAAGCUGUGAUGCUCUCCAAAGGCUUCAACCUUAACUGGGCUUAACAGGAGCGAAAUGAUUGCCUGGAAAAAGAGUUGACUUGUUAUAGGCCAUCUUUGAUCAGAAUAGUCUGCUGAACACCUGCAGCAGUGAAUGUGUAAAGACUCCCCCAACACACACAAACACUACGACUGCCUCUGACAUUGAAGCAGUCCACAACGUUUACAUAUCCUCUGCCCAAAGGCAGUCCCAGUUCAUCACUUGCAGUUCUGCUUGCUCUCGCUCUCUGAGGGCGGAGAGGCGAGUAAAUUCACAGCUUUAUCAUCCCAGCCUUGAAAUGGAUCCUCUCAAACAUGGGAAGACCUUUGGGAGAAUGUUUAAAGACUUGUUUUAUCAAUUAUCUAAAGGGAAGAAUGCAGUUCGGUCCUGCUGAUGUAAAGGAAUUGUAAAGAAUUGUGUUUUUGUGUAUAGUUGUGUAGAACAAGUCACAUUUUGGUGGAAGAGGGACCUCUCUUUUCCAAAAAGGACUGCUACAGAGGUGCUUUUUAGCGCUAGAGAGAUGCCUCCAGUCUCAAUCUCAGAUUCUCCUUUUCAGUCCGACUGCAGGACAGAUAUCCUCUGCUGAAGCUGCCUUUCUAUUUAGUGACAAACUGAGUUCUGUAUAAACCAUAAAGAAAUCAUAAAAGGCUCUUUUCCCCCCUCACAGAGUGUUUUAGUGAUUCAAUGCUAAGAGUCCAUUAAAUAUGGCCAUGGUUUUCAUGUAUUUAUUAUCUUUGUUUGCUUUUAACAGUUUUUUUUGCAUUCACAGGAGAGUGCCCAGAAUCUCAUUAUCUUGCACUUGUGCAUGACUCAGAUGCACCCAAAAGCCAUUGCAUGUCAGGAAUGAAGGCUGCAGGCACAUAGAAGAACUUGUCCUUGAAAGCUAGGACAUAGCAUACAGACUUAUGCUUUACUGUAUGGUAACUUAAGCAUUUCACAUGACUCGAUAAUGAUGGGCCUCUCCUUGACAUGCCAUUCACUGUAUAUCACACUGACAGUUCACGUUUACAAAUACUUGUCCAUAUUUCAGUUCAGAUGUUUGUUUCCUACUAUGCUAGACAAUAGCGAGGUAAACCAACAAAGAUUCAUCAUGUUCAGAUUCGUAUUCUACCGUGUGUGUUAACAUCAGGAUGUUAUCGUUAAUGAAGCUUUUGUUUCACUGUUGUUAAUGGGAGAUCUGCAGAGCUUAUGUUACUCAUUUUGUGCCACAGGACUGUCUCCGUUUGUGGAUAUGCUGCAAUAUCUAAGGAGCACACCACAAGAACUUACACACUACAUACCACUCACAUCAGUAUAUGGCAGUGUUAAUACUUAACCCUUGAACAAGAUGCCUUUUUCAUUUUCAUUCUUUAUGCUUAAGUUAUAUUUUAUUUUUCUGAGUUGACUUGUUUUUGAGGUAGUCACAUAUGUGUAUCCCACUGGAACUCAAGAAUUUUACUUUUUUUUUUUUUUCCAAAUACUUUUCUACAGCAGGUCCCCAAACAAACAGAUUUGAAAUGGGAUGCUGAAGAAAUGCAAAGUGCUUUAUGAGCAACUUGCAUUGAACAGGAACGUAUAGGUUUAUCUGGUGGGCAGUCAAAUCUAAUAGCCUUUGUGACAACUGUAAGAAUCCAGGUGGUCACUGUUUUACAGCACAGAAACAGUAGAGGCUAUAUUUAUGACUUGGUAUGAGCUGUGAAUAAAAUUUUAAAAAAGUGACAUAAUUUUAAAGGUUGUUGUUUUAGAUGGUGUGUGAUACGUUUGACAUGAUUGUAUUGAUAUUUAUUAACAUGUGUGCAAAACUGUAUUAUAUGUAAAGAAAAUGAAUCCUAAUUUUUAAACUGUUCCGUUGACACGACUUGUAAUGUAAAUGCUUCAUGUAGCUAAAAUGCAUAGGGGUGUUGGAUGUAUGCUGAAAAUGGCAAUAAAACAAUGCAGUUGUUCUUUUAAA